AUGUCCUUGAGAACAGCAGGAAGUGUGUUGGUGGUCUUUCUCUGGUCUGUGACAGUGGUACUGGGUCAGGAUGGCUGGAGUGUGUUUUACACCACUCAGAGUAUCUGUGCCUUGAAGGGGUCAACAGUGGAGCUGACCUGCUCUUUCAGCUAUCCCAGAGGUCAUAACGUCACAUCAACCUUCUGGUUCACUAAAAUGGAGACUGAAGAUAUAGGUCAGGACCCAGAGAAUGCAGGUCGUCUGGAGUAUCAUGGGAAUAAGAAGAAAGACUGUACACUGAGAAUCACAGACCUGAGAGAGAGAGACUCAGCUACGUACAAGUUCAUCUUUAUAACAGAUCAGACAAGAGGGAGAUAUUAUGGUGAUCCUGGAGUCACUCUGUCUAUAACAGGUCUUCAGGUGAAGGUGACUGGUGGACAUCAGGAUAAGACACUGACCUGUAUCACCACCUGUACUCUGACUGACAACCCCACCUACAUCUGGUACAAGAACGGACAACAUCUAGAUGAGAGCACCUCCCCCCAGUACAAAGACCCAGUCUCCAGUAACUAUGAAGACAGCUACUCCUGUGCUGUAAAAGGCCAUGAUGUUCUCCACUCUCCUGCAGUGUGUGUCCAGGGUUGGAGCUGCAACAGAGUGACUUACACCAAGAGGAAAAUCUGUGCCUUGAAGGGGUCAACAGUGAAUAUAUCCUGUACUUAUUUCAGUCUUUAUAACAUCACAUCAUCACUCUGGUUUAGUCCUAAACAGAGGGACAGCUGGAGGGAUGAGUUGAUCCCUGAGGACCUAACCACAGACCCAGGGUAUGCAGGUCGUGUGGAAUAUGUUGGAGAGAAGGAGAGAGGUCACUUCACCCUGAGAAUCACAGAUCUGAGAGAGGAGGACUCUGCUGAGUACAAGUUCAUAUUCAACACACAAACCUCAGGAUGGGGAUACAGCUUCCCUGGAACAACUCUGACUGUCACAGACCUGCAGGUGAAGGUGACUCCUGCCACAGAGGCAGGGAAGAGGACACUGACCUGUAGCACCUCCUGUACUCUGACUGACAACCCCACCUACAUCUGGUACAAGAACGGACACAAAGUAAAGGAGGACACUUCCAGCCUGUACUCAGACUCCUUUAGUGAUGCAGACAGUUACUCCUGUGCUGUAAAAGACCAUGCGGAUCUCCACUCUCCUGCAGUGUGUAAGUGUGGACUUUUACAUACAACAUUUGUUUCAGGUUGUCAGACAAGUCAGAAGUGUUGGAGUGUGACUUACACCACUCAGAGUAUCUGUACCUUGAAGGGCUCAACAGUGGAGCUGUCCUGCUCUUACACAUAUCCCAGAGGUACAGUCACAACAACCUUCUGGUUCACUAAAUGGGGGACUGGUGUAGAACCUAAAGAUCUAGGUCAGGACCCAGAGUAUGCAGGUCGUCUGGAGUAUCAUGGGGAUAAGGAGAAAGACUGUACCCUGAGAAUCACAGACCUGAGAGAGAGAGACUCAGCUACGUACAGGUUCAGAUUAUUAACAGAUCAGGAAGGAGGGAAAUAUACUGGCAGUCCUGGAGUCACUCUGUCUGUCACAGGUCUUCAGGUGAAGAACGGACACAAAGUAAAGGAGGACACUUCCAGCCUGUACUCAGACUCCUUUAGUGAUGCAGACAGUUACUCCUGUGCUGUAAAAGGCCAUGAGGAUCUCCACUCUCCUGCAGUGUGUCAGAAGUGUUGGAGUGUGACUUACACCCAUCAGAAGAUCUGUGCCUUGAAGGGGUCAACAGAGGAAAAUAAUGAUUUGUUUCAUUUUAUUCUAGAUGUUGUGUUGGAGAUGGAUCCUACAUCUGUGUCAGAGAGGGAGAAUGUCACACUGACAUGUAGAACCAAAUGUACACUGGACCCCAUCACAGUCUACAGUUGGUAUAAGAAUGGACAGCCUUUACCAAACAGCAACACCUACUCUCCUGUCUAUAGCCUAUUCUCAGUCAGCAGUGAGGAUACAGGCAGAUACUCCUGUGCUGUAGAAGGCCAUGAGGAUCUCCCCUCUGCUGAAGAGACUCUCACUGUCACAUAUGGUCCAAGGAACACCUCAGUGUCAGUCAGUCCCUCUGGUGAAAUAGUGGAGGGCAGUUCAGUGACUCUGACCUGCAGCAGUGAUGCCAACCCACCUGUGGACAAAUACACCUGGUACUUUCAAAAUGAGACUUUUCUAAAUGGAUUUGGACAGAUCUACAACAUAAGUAACUUCAAGUCUAAGGACAAUGGACAUUACCACUGUGAGGCCUGGAAUGGUAGAGGAUCUAGGAACUCUACAGCUCUGAUGAUCUUUUUACCAGAGAAACAGUCCUCAGUUCUGACUGCAGCUGUAGGAAUCAUAGUGGUUGUUCUGGUUCUCAUCCUCUGUCUCUCUGGACUCAUGUGGUUCAGAAAGAAGGCCUCCAAAUCCACCUCUGACACAAGAGACACAUCAGAGAAUGUACAGGGAGACUCUAGUCCAGUGUAUGAAAACAUCUCAAGCAUGACCAUGACCCCUACUGCAGCACAGACAGCGGCCACCGUGGACCAGGACGACGUUCACUAUGCCAGCGUCCACUUCUCUCGCUUCAAAAACCAGGAAGUGCCUCUGUACUCCACCGCCCAGCUGUGUAAACCCCAGAAACAGGAAGAGGAUGUCCAGUACGAUGUUGUGAAAUUCAACUGCCCCAGUAACUCCAACCGACCCACGGCAGCACAAGCAGCUGAGGACUCCUCUGAGAUCUAUAGUAGAGUCAACAAACCCAGAAGACCUGAACACAACAAACCCAGAACCCAGAAGAGCUGAACACAACAAACCCAGAAGACCUGAACACAACAAACCCAGAACCAGGAAGACCUGAACAUUACAAACCCAGAACCAGGAAGACCUGAACAUUACAAACCCAGAAACAAGAAGACUUGAACAUUACAAACUCUGAACCAGGAAGACCUGAACAUUACAAACCCAGAACCAAGAAGACCUGAACAUUACAAACCCAGAACCAAGAAGACCUGAACACAAGUUUGACAGGAACCCUGUAUAUCUGGACCUGUCUAGUCCAACUAAGUGUUAUAAUAAUAUAUCAUGAUAUGCCAUUUAGAAACACUUUUAUCCAAAGUGACUUAUUCUGCAUGGAUCCAUCUUUCAUGCCGGUGGCCCCAUUGGGAAUUGAACCCAUACACCAGGCUCUACCAACACACAGGACUACUGUAUUCACACUUAGUUGGAGUGCUGAUCUAGGGUCAGCACCAUGCUCUACCAACUGAGACACAGGACUACUGUAUUCACACUUAGUUGGA